AUGCGGGCAUCCCGGUGCAUGGGCACGGUGCCUCCUCCAAAGAAAAGGAUGAAUCUAGUCAGUUCCGUGCUGCUGCUGCUGCUGCUCCUGUUACUCUUCAGAGCUCCACUUGGAAAAUUGACAGACAGCUAUAUCCCUCUUAAGGGCUCCAAGCAUCCAGGUGAACCUUCGAAGAACGUUGCCAAUCUGAUCCCCUGGGCUGAUGUCAUCCCAUGUGCAAAAAGGAUGUCCACCUCUGGGAAAGGAGGACUGAAAACCAUACCAAGCCUUCUGUGCAAGCGUCAGGAGCAUCAGCUGCAGUUCUGGCAAGGGACGCAUCCAGCAAGGAGCAGAAUGCUUGUCAUCCCACAGGGGGCGUUGCUGGUAGAACGGGAGAAUGACCUUUCCACGUACAACUGGAACUCGUUCGGCUUAAGAUACGGCAAGAGGCAAGCAGUGAAAGCCAAGUAG